UCAGCUGACAGGGAGUGCAGGAGCAGAAAGUGCAGAUGUGCAGAAGUGAAAAAUCGCUUUGAUGCUUAAAUUUGUUUCUACAUGUUCACGUGUUUACAGCGAGGGAAAGCAGAGGAAUGUUACCAGGAAGUGAAGGGAACUACCGGUGUCUGGAAAUAAUCAGAGGAGGGUGGAAGAAGUUGUCUCUCAGCAAAGAGUGAGUUAUGGGCAGUGAGUACCAACCACUGUCUUCUGCUGAGUCGUGCAGAAGUUUGUUUAUAGAGACAUCAGAGUGCUUUAUAUGCAGGGAUGGUGAACUUAAAGCCAGCGACCCACUGAGGAAUUUCUGUGACUGCAAGAAUUUACUUGCCCAUCACGUGUGUCUAUCCACAUGGAUCCAGAGGGGAUGUGGGAGUGAGGACAGGCUGCGAUGCAUCAUCUGCAAGGCCAAGUACCAGCUGCAGUGGAGUUCUCCGUGGCGGUCGGUGAGCUUCCAGUGGCAGACGUGGCUCGUGCUGAUCACCAUGUUUGUGUUGCUGGGGCUGGUGCCUUACGUUGUUUACUGCAUGAUGACCGCCUUCACCAACCCCGCUCCUCCCAGCGCCUUUAAAAUAGCAGCAGCCUCUUUUGGUAUCCUGACAGAGAUCCUGCUCAUCAAGUGUCUGUCAAGCUACCUCAGUGGUCGGUACCGGCAGGCCGAGCAGAACUCCUUCAUACUCCGGCCCAGAGGCUUUGAGGAGGACGGAAGCAGCCCGGGCCGCUGGGAUCGGUCCGAGGCCGCCUCGGCAGCGGUAGGUCGCGCUUCGGCGGCGGCGGCGGCGGCGGCCUCACCCACUCAAGUGGAGGAGAGGAGAGUAAAGUGGAUGUGUUGCAGAGUGGAUGUCUCGGCUUCUUUUUCUGAACAACCAACAUGAGGAGUUUACAGAACACAAGGCGAGAGUAAAUCCUUUGGGUAUUAGAUGUGUCUAACACCUAUUCAGGUUAUCACAUCAGUAUAUCAGUGUGGCAUUUAUGAGAUUUUACACUUUAAAACCUAUUUUUGAGGUGUAAAAUAUUCUUGUUUUCCUCCAUGUCAGUCCUUACACUCUCAGUGUUCAGUGAAUAUAUUCACACGUAUUGCAAAUUGAUGAUAAGGAAGAGAAUGCACGCAGCCUGCAUGAGUGUGUUCAGGCUCAGCGAGGGAAAAAAAAAAAAGCCUGAAAUCACUCUCUUUCCUUAAUGAUGCCCACACAGAGACAAUGGGGCGCCGCUCUGAUUAGUGUCACCUGUCCUUGUGCAUCUCAUCAGCUCCAUUAUGGCUCCAUCUCCCUUGCUUCUUCUGCUAAUUGAAUAGCCCGUGAAGUGGUGACGAGGACGGGGGCGAGAGCAACGUCUGUCCCGCUGCUGCUUCAGAAAUGAGAGUAAAGCUUCCCAGAGAGACACUAGUUCUUAAAACAUAAACCAUUAUCAUACAGAUAGAAAAAGUGUUAACAAGUAGCCCUCGUGUUAGAUUAACAUCAUGUUGACUGCAGAGUGUUUUCGUGUAUAAUAGCUUUGAAUUAGCAUUUACUGUAUAUUUCAGAGGAAUCAGGUGCGUUCUCACCUAGAGUUGGAUGAGCGGGUUGCAGGUACCACAGGACGCUCCACAGAUUCAUUCAUUCAUUUGUGUGAUUUAGCCCAAGCAGCUUCUGGAUGUUUUUUGCCAAAUUUCUACUGGACUCAUUUAUCUCUGCAAUAUAUAGUACUGCACCUCUAUGGAAACAGCACUGCCAUGGCGAGAAGUAAAGAGAAUUUUAAAAAUGUACUCCAAAGAACAUUGGAGUUCCUUGUACAAAUAUUUUCUUUUUUGCCAAGAUUUUAAACGAGACGCGCAAAAUAGUGAUUUUGAUGCAACAUCACUUUCAGAUUACAAGCUUAGAUUCUGUACAUUGUUCUGAUUGAACCAGAAGUCACACAUGGUUAGCUCAAAGACUGUCGGAAAGUUUAAACGCCAACAUUUUUUUUGUAACUUUUAACAGUUUCGGUCCAAUAAAGGUUGUCAUUUUGGUGAUUAAAAAAAAAAAAAAAAAAAAAAGAUAAUAUGUCUUUCACACCUGCUGGUGAGUUUUGGAGUUCAGAGAGUCAGCUUACUAAUUAAAUUGCUUUCAAGUCCCCAGAUCCCUCAAAAUGUCAGUACAGUUUACUGCAGAACAACUUAUUUUGUGGAUUGCUUAUACUGAGCUGCUAUCAGUCGGUAGCACAUACAACCUUUAGUUCACAUGAACUGACUAAAACAAACGGAUCAGAAACAACAAACAUUCUGAUAAAUGAUGUGACUGAAACCAUAUUGUCAGAAGGAUUGUUUGAGAUGUACUUGGGUUUCUUUAGCUUAGCUCCACUAACAUGGGGAAGGCGGGGCUUAUUGCGUUCCUUGCAGCCUGCCACCAGGGGGCAAUCAACAUUUUUGGGGUUUUAUUCUGGGAAGCUGUGAUAUAGUCCAUCUUUACAUAUUGGGUAAUAUCCAGUACCCAUACUCUCAUACCAUUUAGGAAACCAGAAAACGGUUCUGUAUGUGCCGCUACAUAAGCCAGCAUGCUUUUCCAGCCAUUCAGACCCACAAUCCUCUGCAACAGAAGACACAACACGGUGUCUCGCUCCCUAAACAAGCCUGAGCUGCUGACAGCACAUAGACAGGUGACAACUCAUUUCAGUAUUCAUUAAUAUGUAUGAAUACUACGUGCAUGCAACAGUAUGUGCUUUGUAGGCGCAGCUGCAGAACUGACUGAAAGUAAAAAGACAAAGUAUGUGAUCUGGAACCACAGUUAGUGGUAAUGGUAGUGAGGACCCUCCCCCAGCUCACAACUCAGGUUCUCAAAUGUAAAUUUGUCGUCCGCACACUCGAGCCGAGAUACCAUGAAGGCAAUGCUGAAUAAACCCUGAAGACAUCAUCCAGGUUGCUUCCUCAGACCUGACAAAGCUCCUCCGGAGCCACAGAAGACCUCAUACAACUGCUUUAACUGUUCUCCUGUAAUGUUGGCUGUAAACAAAUGCUUCUCUGUAAAUGUAGUUCAUAGGAAACUGCCUUGUACAUUAAAUAAGUGAACGUUGUUACUGUAAACCAUUAUUGAACCACUAUGUUGUUCUAAAGCUUUUAUAUAUGGAAGCAAAUAAAAUCUGAGGCAGGCCUCUAUCUGAUGUUUACAUUGAAUGGUUUUUGGGUCGGUCGAUAUUUAGUCAAGAGAAAAUACAUGAAAACCUUGAAAUAUAAAAAAAGCCCUCUUUUAUUUUGAUUGGAUAAACAUUGCCAGCUGUGAUUCAGGGCUGUAGUGUUGGUGUCUCUCCUGCCAGGCAGGAGCUUUGCCGUUAUCUGCAUGUGCCUGAGGCACAGCUAAUGUAAAAAGAUCCACCUCACUCUGCUGUGCUCUGCUAGCAGUGAGCUCUGCAGGCUUAUCCUGCUCAGUCCCUCUCCGUUUCACCUCUCGGUCACAGCCAAGUGACUCUCAGCUGUGCACCACCUCAGUUCGGGCCUUUCUGCGGACAGAAUAGAAGAAGUAUGGCGCUAUCUCACACUGCUGUAUCUGUUAAAUGCCACAACAACAGUGUCCCCAUGCCUGUAUGGUUCCGGGGCUUAAUGUGUGCGUGUGGGGCCAGAUGGACACUUUCAUGAGUGUACGAGUGUGGAUUAUUCUGCAGGCUACAUCUGGGGCUCCACAUGGCACAGCAGACUGCGGUAAGAGAGGCAGGUGGGCACGUGGGGAGGGCACACCUCCAGUGGGCUCUCUUACAUCUAUACUCACCGACAGGGCAUCGCCGCAAAUGGCAGACCGAAAGGUUACAAGACCAUCCUGCAAGACAAAUGCUUCUCUGAAUCCCGGCAAGUCUCUUCUUCUGUCCUUAAUUUCCUGUGUAACAGCAGCUUUCUUCAAGUCUCAGACGUGACUAUGGUGUUCUUUUUUUUUUGGUGUUUGUUUGUUUUUCACAUUACAUUUGUUUAGGAGACACUUUUGUUCAAGAGAUAUUUCCCCAUAUCCACACACUGGGAAUGGUUUGGGCGGAGUGUCUUACUCAAGGACACUUAGUUGUGUGAACAAGAGGAGCCAGGGAAUGGGCCGCCGCUCCUCUGAUUAAUGGCCUACCUACUCUACCACCUGAGCUACAGCUGCCCAUAGUAUGAGCAUGCCACCGCCAUCAACACAUUACGGCAUUAUGCUCUGGUUCAUUAUUGUCAGUGUUCAUCACUGGUCAAACGGGCAGCUUAGUGGCCGGCAGACAAUAGACAGGAAUACUGUAUAAAACACCAGCAAUCAAUCAUAGUAAAUCUGCAGAAUGUUAGCUGGCAGUUGUAUAGUUUACAAAAUGAACUUUUUGUUUACAGUGAAAGCAGUAUUAGUAGUUUGUUUCUUUGGAUGGAGGAUGCACCAACCUUUGAACACACCAAUGGCAUAAUAUGACUUUAUAUUGUUGAAACGAAAAAACUGACAUUAGAAUUUGUAGUUUUUCUGCAAAAUAAAAAUAUACAGGAAUGUUCAUCAGAUGGCUGGACUUGGAUGUAAUUAUUCGUUGUAGAGUAAUUGGGCUCAUGUUGUAGGAGAGCAAGUCAUUUUUAAAGAGCUGAAUACUCUAAGACUUGAACCGUUUGGAUCUUUUCUGGUGUAACGCUGAUAAUGUGCCCAAACUUAUAAACUGCCGGUGAAAGUUCUGUAGUAGUUUACAGUUAUUCUGUUUGGCUUUCGUUUGAAUUACUAAAAAAUACAUUGCAUGUUUGUUCUCA